AUGGUAGUGAUCACUGCUACCCUUAUCCUGGGCCUCUUCGGCGUCAUAUGGAUGUAUAUCCUCUGGCGUGCCGGCUAUGACGUCCCCCUCGAAAUUUAUGAACUCCUUUACCGCAAUGGCUGGGGACGCUUCGCCGGGCCCCUUCUGAUCAUCUCCAUGGCUUUUACGCCAGACGCGUCCGAACGGGAGCAGAAAGUAUGGAUAUAUAAAAUGUGGCACGUGCUUGAUGAAGAAGACAGGGCCAAACAAAAAGCAUUCUGGCUUCUUGCGGAAGAAGACACCCUCGCUAAUAACGUCGAGAUCUUGCAUGACCCAGAGCUACAAGCAAAGCUCGCACAUGUGCAAGAAGGUCUCGGGCGGUUUAUUCCCAGUCUCCUUGAGCUGGGACUUGAUAAAUGCCAGCUGGAGGAUGAAAGACCCGAUGGAGCUUGGACCCGAUAUCGUUCUGCAAAGCCUGGUGUGAGCCUUGAGAGUGAGAAAAGGCGCUGUACGCUGAGAUAUGGUUGCUGUUCUCGUGGUUGUGGAUGCUGUGAGGAGGUCCGUGCGUGUAGGUUCAACGGAUUGUUCUACCAGGUGAAGUCGCACUGCACGGAAUAUUGUGGGUGUUGUAUUCGGUAUAGGGACUCUCUCAAGAUCGAGAGAGAGGUGGUGCCAGUUGGCAUUCUGCCCAGGGACAAAUAUGAGGAGGAGACAAGGGGGAGGCGCCGCGAGACAUUCAAUCCUGAUGUUCUCAACUCGCAGAUUCCCAUUCCACACUUCGAUUUCUCCGCAGAUUACCGUCAUACUUCUCCAGGAUUUCAUGAUUCUCCUUUAAGAGAACGCCCGGAUCCCACCAUGUACUUUUCUGAUUCGGAGGAGGAGGAGGAGACUGGCAUGUUGCUCCUAGAACAAAGAAUUGUUCAAGAGGAAUAG